AUGAAUAAAUUAAUAUCUACUGUUGUGAAGAGUAUGCAAUCACAGGCUCCUCUCUAUGCUUAUCACUUCCCAAACGGUUCUGUCUAUAACAAUCCAGCCGUAACUGCUAAGAGAAUCAUUAAGGUCGUGGGUGAAAGAUUAAGAAAAAUAGAUCCAGAAAGAUGGGAGUCCACCCCAAUCACAUUUAAUACUAAUUGGAAUGAUGCAGCAGGAUAUGUUGAUGUUGCUACUUGCAUUCACAUUCAUGACGCUCUUGAAAAGGAAUUCGGCAUUGAAAUCAAGGACAGAGCCUUCCUUGUUUCCAGCAUUGAAACUGCAUUUUACAUCGUAAACAUUCAUCACGAUAGUCAUUGAGAUAUAUCGAAAAUAUAAAUAAUAUUUAAAACAUUAUUUUAA